AUGUCUGACGUUCAAGCACCAGUGAAGGCAGCCGCUACAGCGCAAAAGAAAGUCACGAAGAAGGAGAAGAAGGUCGCCACCGAACCGAUCAAGUCUGUUCAAGUCUUUGGGAAGAAGAAGACCGCGAUUGCUGUUGCGUUGUGCAAGCAAGGCAAAGGAAUGAUUCGAGUCAAUGGUGUUCCAUUGGAUUUGAUCCAGCCACCAAUGUUGAGAAUCAAGGCGUUCGAGCCCCUCUUUGUCAUCGGAAAAGAGUACUACGCCCAACUUGACUUGAAAAUCAGAGUGACUGGUGGUGGACAAGUCUCUCAAAUCUAUGCCAUUAGACAAGCAAUUGCAAGAGCCCUUAUCGCUUACCAACAGAAAUAUGUCGACGAAACAUCAAAGAAC